AUGACUGUCAAAACUCACAGUGCCACUCACUCCAUAGUUAAGCCCAUCGUGUGUCCUGUUGCAAACCUCGCUUUUUCGCACUCAGAACUGGUUCGGGACUCAUCGAGCACUCUGACCUUGCAAAGAUCCAAACAAAAUUUCAUCGAAAUUAUCAAGACUAUCGCUAAAAAUUUACCACUUUUGAAAAACCAUUUCAGAAAGCACUGGCAAGAACGUGUCAAAGUUCACUUUGACCAAGCCGGUAAAAAAGCUUCAAGAAGACAAGCUAGAGCUUCAAAAGCUGCUCAAAUUGCUCCAAGACCAUUAGAUGCCUUAAGACCAGUUGUUAGAGCUCCAACCGUCAAAUACAACAGAAAAGUUAGAGCUGGUAGAGGUUUCACUUUACGUGAAAUUAAAGCUUCAGGUUUAACCCCAGCUUACGCUAGAACCAUCGGUAUUGCUGUUGACCACCGUCGUCAAAACAGAUCAACUGAAAUCUUCGAAGCUAACGUUUUAAGAUUAAAAGAAUACCAAUCCAAAUUAAUUGUCUUCCCAAGAAACGGUAAAGCUCCAGAAGCUGAACAAAUCUCAACUGCUCAAGCUUUCCCAAUCGUCCAACCAACUCCAGAAUCAGAACCAAGAGCUGUUGAACAACAAGAACAAACCGCUUACAGAACUUUAAGAUUAGCUAGAUCAGAAAAGAAAUACAGAGGUAUUAGAGAAAAGAGAGCUAGAGAAUUAGCUGAAGCUGAAGCUGAAAAGAAAAAAUAA